AUGAGAGUGCGAGAGUCCAUCAGCAAUAUCGUGGUGGAUGAUGAUAACGACAUACCGGAAGCGCUAGAGACCCUGGAGGUCCAAGAAAGUCUUCUGCAAGACCAGUUACGACGCGUCGAGGUUGAUAUCGCCAAGCUAGAGGAGGACAGUCUUCUUGUCCUACGCACGCUGGCACCAGCUAGUGUGAGGUCCAGAGCGUCGUCAUCAGCGACAUCAUCCCACCAUCCCGUCAUAUCUGUUAGUCUUAACGGCGACGAGGGAGCUGACAAUGGCGAGACGGGUGAUGGAAACAUGUCUAUGGCUCCCUUAGGGGAGGACAAGGUGACCGAGACCGUCAUGGAGCCUGUUACUUUGGGAAUGACAUCUGGUGGUGUGGACUAUAGAAAACUACCGGUUCGACAACAUUCAGAAGGAGGAGGCAAAGACCGGUCUGGAACAAGGGUCAACAACGUACAAUGUCGGCCGUCAAUCCGUUUUCCGGAAUCCCAACUGAUGGAGCACGAGGAGACCAGGAACUGCCAAACGUGUGUGAAGCAAUCCUUGUGGAAGCGGGCGCUGGGGAAUUUGUGA